AGUCUCAAGAAAAGCUAAUCCAAAAAAAAAGAAGUCUCAAGAAAAGAAUUUUUUUAGUACCAACACCAAACACUUCCCUGUUCCCUCCACUCCAGUCCACCAUCUUCUUCGCUGCUUUACUUUCUUCUCUCAAUUCAAUAAUGUCUGCUCUGGAAGCGUCUUCUUCUACUCCUGCUUUUGCUACUUCAUCGUCAUCAUAGUCAUUCGGUGGUAAGAGAAAAGACUUCUGUUGGAGGAUUUGGGUCAACUCUUACUUAAACAAGACCCUUUAGAAGCACAAAUUAAUAAUCACAUCUGGAAUUUGGAACUAGGAUAUUUGGUUCCUCCACACCUCUUGGUGCAACAAGUCAGUCUGCAUCUGGUGCAAGUAGCACCCCUGCCUUUAGUGUUAUAACCAUGAAUUCAUUUAUUGCUACAAGUACACCUGCCAUUGGUGCUAUGACCACCCCUGCCUUUGCCGUAAUGAGCACCCCUGCCUUUACCAUUAUGAGCAACCCAACCUUUAGUUCAACAAGUCCUGCAAGGAUUGAAGUCAUUGUGUUGAGUGUCCCUGUAUUUAGAUCUGAUGGAGCAUUUGGAGCUACAAGCAGUCCUAUGUUUGGUUCAUCCAGUACUUCUAUAUUGGGUUCUUCAAGCACACCAACAUGUGGUGCCUUAAGUACUCCUGCUUUUGUGUCUUCUAGUGUCCCUUCCUUCAGUGUUGGGUCCACUUUAGAUUUUGGCCAAUCAACUCCUGCAAUUAGUGCUGCAAGCAUACCUACAUUUGGUGUUAUGAGCACCCUUGCCUUUAGUGUUACAAGCACCCCAACCUUUAGUUCAACAGCAAGUCCUGCAUUCUUUGUGUCAAUUACCCCUGUAUUUGGUUCUAGUGGAGCAAUUGAAGCUUCAAGCAGCCCUAUAUUUGGUUCAUCUAGUACUUCUAUGUUUGGUUCGUCAAGCACUCCUGCAUUUGGUGCCUCAAGCAUGCCAACACUUGGUGUCCCAACUACUCCUGCAUUUGGUUCCUUUAGUGCUUCUGCUUUUGGGGCUUCUAGUAACCCAUCUUUCAGUGUUGGUUCCACUUCAGCUGUUGGCCAAUCGACUUCUGCAUUUGGUAGCGGCCCAUUUGGUACCACUGCCACUCCUUUUGGAGCUCAGAAUUCUCCUUUUGGAGCACAAUCUACAGCACCAGCAUUUGGUGGCACUGGCAUUGAGCAGUCACCUUUUGGGAGUCAACGUGGGGGAAGUAGAGUAGCUGCUUACACUCCAACAACUGAAGCAGACAGUAGUGCUGGUGCACAGGCUGGUGGGAAAUUAGAGUCAAUAUCAGCUAUGCCUGUAUACAAAGAUAAAAGCCAUGAGGAGCUGAGAUGGGAGGACUAUCAAUUGGGAGAUAAACGUGGACCUGCUAUGACCACCUCUGCCUUUAGUGCUACGUGCACCCCAAGGUCCCCAACCUUUAUUUCAACAGAAACUCCUACAUUUUGUAGCAUAGGGAUUGCAUUUGGUGUGUCAAGUGCCCCUGUAUUUGGAUCUGGCAGAGCAUUGGGAGGUUCAAGCACACCUGCAUUUGGUGCUACAAGCACCCCAGCCUUUGGUACAACAGCAACUCCUGCAUUUGUUAGCAAAGGGACGACAUUCGGUGUGUCAAGUGCCCCUGCAUUUGGAUCUGGUGGAGCAUUUGGAGCUUCAAGCAGUCCUAUAACUAGUUCUUCAAGCACCCCUGCAUUUGGUGCAUCGAGCAUGACUGCAUUUAGUGUCUCAAGCAUGCCUCCGUUUGGUACCUUAACUACUCCUGCAUUUGGUGCCUCAACUGCGCCUGCUUUUGGGGCUUUGAGCAUGCCUGCAUUUGGUGCUACGAGCACCCCAGCCUUUGGGACAACAGCAACUCCUGCAUUUGGUAGCAAAGGGGCAACAUUUGGUUUGUCAAGUGCCCCCGCAUUUGGAUCUGGUGGAGCAUUUGGAGCUUCAAGCAGUCCUAUAUCUAGUUCUUCAAGCACCCCUGCAUUUGGUGCGUCGAGCAUGACUGCAUUUAGUAUCUCAAGCACGCCUGCACUUGGUACCUUAACUACUCCUGCAUUUGGUGCCUCAACUACGCCUGCUUUUGGGGCUUCGAGCAUGCCUGCAUUUGGUUUUAUGAGCACCCCAGCCUUUGGUACAACAGUAACUCCUGCAUCUGGUAGCAAAGGGACGACAUUCAGUGUGUCAAGUGCCCCUGUAUUUGGAUCUGGUGGAGCAUUUGGAGCUUCAAGCAGUCCUAUAUCUAGUUCUUCAAGCACCCCUGCAUUUGGUGCGUCGAGCAUGACUGCAUUUAGUAUCUCAAGCACGCCUGCACUUGGUACCUUAACUACGCCUGCACUUGGUACCUUAACUACUCCUGCAUUUGGUGCCUCAACUACGCCUGCUUUUGGGGCUUCGAGCAUGCCUGCAUUUGGUUUUAUGAGCACCCCAGCCUUUGGUACAACAGUAACUCCUGCAUCUGGUAGCAAAGGGACGACAUUCAGUGUGUCAAGUGCCCCUGUAUUUGGAUCUGGUGGAGCAUUUGGAGCUUCAAGCAGUCCUAUAUCUAGUUCUUCAAGCACCCCUGCAUUUGGUGCGUCGAGCAUGACUGCAUUUAGUAUCUCAAGCACGCCUGCACUUGGUACCUUAACUACUCCUGCAUUUGGUGCCUCAACUACGCCUGCUUUUGGGGCUUCGAGCAUGCCUGCAUUUGGUUUUAUGAGCACCCCAGCCUUUGGUACAACAGUAACUCCUGCAUCUGGUAGCAAAGGGACGACAUUCAGUGUGUCAAGUGCCCCUGUAUUUGGAUCUGGUGGAGCAUUUGGAGCUUCAAGCAGUCCUAUAUCUAGUUCUUCAAGCACACCUGCAUUUGGUGCGUCGAGCAUGACUGCAUUUAGUGUCUCAAGCACGCCUGCACUUGGUACCUUAACUACGCCUGCACUUGGUACCUUAACUACUCCUGCAUUUGGUGCCUCAACUACACCUGCUUUUGGGGCUUCAAAUGCACCAUCCUUCAGCUUUGGGUCCACUUCAGCAUUUGGUAGCAGCCCAUUUGGUACCACCACUACUCCGUUUGGAGCCCAGAGUUCUCCCUUUGGAGCUCAACCUACAACAGCAUUUGGCAGCACUGGCUAUUGGCAAUCACCUUUUGGGAAUCAAGCUGGUGGAACUGCGUACACUCCAAAAUCUGAAGCUGACUGCAGUGCACAGGCUGCUGGGGAAUUAGAGUCAAUAUCAGCCCUGCAUGAAUACAAAGAUAAAAGUCAUGAGGAGCUGAAAUUGGAGGACAAUCAAUUAAGAGAUACAGGUGGACCACUUUGCGUUCCUGUUGGUGGGAUUUUCUUUAGUUCGUCUCCCUCACCAACCUUUGGCCGAUCAGCUGCGAGUCCUUUCUCUUUCUCAAUGCCUUCCAAUCAAUCUGCACCAAAAACUUCCGGCCUUGGUGGUUUAACUUUUGCCGGCUCAGCUACUCCUGCAUUCAGUUCUUCACCUUUUAGCAAGUCAACUUCACCCAGCCUUUUUGGAUCAGCAUCAUUAUCAACAACAACAAAUACAUUUGUUCUUAAUUCAUCUCCAUCUAUAUUUGGUUCAGCAUCAUCUUUCUUUAACUCUGGUCCAUCUCAGGCAACAAAUCCAGCAUUUGGUAGUUACACUCAGCCAUCCCCAUUAUUGCAAUCAUCUAUGCCUACAAUUGGGCAGACCGGCUCUACUUUUGGACAGACAACUUCCCUUGGACAGAGUACAAGUUCACACUUUGGUCAAGAAAUAUGUGGUGCUUGCUCUACUGGAUUUAGGGAUGACAAAAAUUCCUCUCAGGGCACAGAUACUGUGGUUGGUUGGGUACCUUUUGGUUGGCAUGGAGUUUGAGACUAAGUAGCAUGGAUACUUCCACAAUGUGGUUGAUUUUGAAACUUAGUAGCAUGGAUAGUGAGGAAUUUGGUUAUGUGGCUUAUAAAUUUUUUUAUUCUACAUUGGCUCUGAUAUGACACAAGCUUGUCUGAAAUUGCAAGGAGUGCAUGUUGCUAAUGCUGAUAAGGGUGCAGAGAUAAGUGAUGGCUGAUGAGGCUUGCCUGCUAAGGAUAGAAUGCUUGUUGGUUGCCCCGCUUUUUUUCAUAUAUAGGAAUUGUUAGUUGAUCAGGUUGUUAGCUAUUGUUUAAAUAAGGAUUGCUAAUACUUCAAUUAGGAUUGCUAGUGGCAAGGUUUACCAGUUAGAAUUGCCAAAUUUCCUAUCAUUAUCGCUUAUUAUUUUGAAUUUCCAAGCAUUGAAUUCGCAUUUAAGCAAAGAAUGAAAUAGAGAAGGCAAGCAAAUUAAUUCCCGAAAAUUUUCUACUCUUUGUCA